UAUCUACGUCCGGUCUUGGAAGUGCGAUGCUCAUAUAAAGUAGCAGUCAGGCACAAUGUUUGCUCUGCAGGUGUACCUAAUGUUGUGGCCGCUGCAAGUGCAAUCGUGACCCACGAGCUUCCCCUCAGCGGCCGUAUAUUAUCCCGUAACACAAACAGCGGAUUCGAAGAAUACAUUUAAAGCAACAAACGAUGGAGGAAGUGAAAUGGAAGGUGUGCGGAAGGUGUGCCCUGCCGCCCAGAGGGCGACUUCCAUUGGUUACUUGUCACUUGGGCGCACUUAGUGGGAGGAGGAGAAGCGCUUCGCCGAAACGCACUCGUGCAUUCGCGCUGCUCUCCGUGCGCAAGAACGCACAAGUCAGCCAGGAGGAAUCGUCCUAAUCCAGUCCUGCCGUAUAUAUAUUUUGACCAAAUAUAUGCAUAUAUUUUUUUUCUUUUUUAGCUGAGCGAUAUUCAUCUAAAGGGAUAUGUUCACGGAACUUUCGAGGAGCUUUUUCAUCCUUGUGUCUUGCAUGCUGCCGCAGCCCGUGUUCCCCAUGCAGAAUCAGAUGUGCGACGUGAUGACGGAGCUCGACAAUGAGAAAGAGUUGUGCCAGGCUCAAAUUGAGAACAAAACAUCAGGCUGCAGCGGGAUGUGGGACAAGAUCACCUGCUGGCCAAAUGCUGACGUUGGGGAGGUGGUCACCAUCCCGUGCCCCAAAUAUCUCUUCUAUUUCUCCAGGGAGAUUCCAACACGUAACCUGUCCAAGACCUGCACGGAAGACGGCUGGACUCCGAUGAGCAGUGACUCCUAUGUAAUUGAUUGCGGCUAUAAUCCCAACAGCACGGUGGAUGAUGAUGAUACGGGAGACUUCUUUGAUGCCGUCAAAGUUGGUUACACCAUCGGUCACAGUGUGUCGCUUAGUUCGCUCACCGUCGCCAUCGUCAUACUGUGCCUCUUCCGGAAGCUUCACUGCACAAGGAACUACAUCCACAUGCAUCUCUUUGUGUCAUUCAUUCUGAAAGCCGUCGCAGUCUUCAUCAAGGACGUCGUUCUGUAUGACGUUGGCGAGACGGACAGUUGCCAUUCAUCUGUGGGCUGCAAGGCAGUGAUGGUCUUCUUCCAAUACGCCAUCAUGGCCAGUUACUUCUGGCUGCUGGUGGAAGGCCUUUAUCUCCACGCUCUCCUCGCUGUCUCCUUCUUCUCGGAGAGGAAAUACUUCUGGUGGUACAUCCUGAUUGGCUGGGUGGCUCCAACCAUCUUUAUCUCAGCGUGGGUGAUCACAAAGGCUUAUUUAAAUGAUCCUGGAUGCUGGGAAAUCAUAGAUGACAAACCUUGGUGGAUCAUCAAAACGCCCAUUCUCGUCACCAUUCUUGUCAACUUUUUCCUCUUCAUCUGUAUCAUUCGGAUUUUACGGCAGAAGAUGAAUUGUCCCGACAUCGGCAGAAAGGAAUCCAAUCAGUACUCGAGACUGGCUAAAUCCACACUGCUCUUGAUACCUCUCUUUGGGAUCAACUACAUCAUCUUUGCCGUCAUCCCGGACCAUAUUCACCCACAGCUGAGGAUGGUGUUUGAUCUUAUCCUGGGGUCCUUUCAGGGUUUCGUCGUUGCCGUCUUGUACUGUUUCCUUAACGGAGAGGUGCAGGCGGAGAUUAAGCGUAAGUGGCGCAGAUGGAUGUUACAGCGCUUCCUGGGCGCAGACACAAAGUACCAGCAGCCCUCCAUAGGCAGCAACGGCAACAACUUUAGCACCCAGAUCACCAUGCUAACCAAAUGCAGCCCCACCGCGCGGCGAGCGUCCGCUUGUCAGGAGCACUUCUCCGCCAUCUGACACGUAAGGGCGACCGCUCGGCUCCGCGCGUACCCAACGUGACAUUACGUACGCGGUCCAAUGAGAUGCGGGUGUCCCUUCAGGUCCGGAGGACCUUUCAAGUUUGGUGUCAUUCCUUCAACUCGCCGUGAAAGUGCGUCACUUGUGUCUUAUAAAGUCAUGCGCGCCCAUAAUGGAAGACGGGAUAGUACAAGUACAAGUCAUAGUACUGUAUAAAGAUAUUUUGAGAGAAUUUUGAUAUUGAAUCGUAAGCGGAUGGGGAGCAAGUCCUAAAAAAAAGGAUGUGUAUUUAAGACCACUUGGGCUAAUGUGUGCAUGAACUUUAACCUUACAGCCCAUGUUGUUUUGUUUAUCGAGAAAAUCCAACGUACUGGAUUUUCAUAUCCAUCCCAAGGCUUUUUUUUUUUAAUGUGACUUUAUUGCUGGAUGACAUUCCUCAGCAUAGAGAACGAUAAAGCUUCUCGGAUUACUAAAGCUUUUACGUAUUUCGCAAAAGCUUACAUAUAAAGGGCUUCCAUUAUGGGUCCAUGACAUGUUGCGCUCUCAGUGACAGUAUUUUGUGGUCACACUGAUUGAUGUCUGUUAUUUUCACCAAGUGGUUCGGUCCAGAAGUAUUUGGGACAGCCUUUAUAUACGCCUCUAGGAGGCAGCCUCCCGAGUGCUUCUCACAUCCGAUCACGGUUCUGAGAUUGGGGGGUUUUCGCCGGGUACUCUUGGCAUCCGCCCGCAUUCCAAAAUCGUGCACGUUAGGUUGAUUGAAGACUCAAAAUCGGCCAUUGGUGGGAAUGUGAAUGACUGUCGUGUCUCUAUGGCCUGCUAUUGGCCAGUGACCAGUCUGGUGGCGUGUCCUCGCCCAAUGUCAGACGGGAAAGGCUCAAGCCCACUCAUGGCCAGGGUUCUAAAUCACUAGCCAAAUCUAUACUGCUGUCCUGCAAUCUUAGGCUUGGAGCUGGGGCGAGCACCAAGCUCAUCAGACAGACUGUUCAUAGAAAUAUGUCCUGCAUCCUCCUCUGCACACUACGUUGUCAUUGUAAGUGUUGCGCUGAGGCGACUCUUCAUUUAGUUGAACAAAGUUAAGGCACACUUGCGAUCGGCGCGUAAGCGUGUGCGGUUGUUCUUUGUGGCGCUCUGCUUCUUCCUGUCGGCGGAUGUGGCGCCAUCACGGGGAAGCAGAAAUUUAAAAUGCAAAUAAUUGCGGGAGAAUUGGAAUGUUCAUCCAAGCGAUUCUCAAUGACUCGAUUGCCUCGUGCAUCACAAGCUAUAAUGAGGGGUUUUUAGAAAAAAAAAAAGAAUUAAUUUAGAACACUGCUCAUGACCACAAUGAGCACGGAAAGUUGAUCGAAAUGCACGCCGAGAUGGAUAGACUGUUGCAGCGUAACCCCCGCAUGGGCUUGACCUAUAAAACAAUCAACGCGAGUCGACCUACCGUCGACUUUCAAUUUCAAGAUGUUUCACAAAAACAAGGCUUUUAUUCAUGAUUUAGUGAUUACAAUUCAAGUGACUGAGAGUCACUCGGUGAGCGUAUGUGACAACGGACUUGUUUUCGCAUUUUGCAGGUCUAUUUUGCAGCCUUCUCGGAAAAUUUGCUGUGGCUUUUUUUUUUUUAAUUGGUUUUCCCGCAUCUAUUUUCAGACACGAUGUGCAGCGCAAUCUCUUCUGUCGCCUUAUUUACGAUUUUGCAUGCCCUAUUUUUGGUACACAUACACGGCAGCAUCGCCCCCCCCCCCCCUUUUUAACCCACCAAAAAGUGUUGAAAGCUAGCUGCGACUACUCGUGAGGUUUUUGCCCUGUUCUUUGGUGCUGUCAAUUUCAUAAGAACUGCUAUUGGAUUCAUAAAAAUUAACUAUUGUAUAAAUGCUGUCAAUGUCGAGGUAAAAAAAAUAAUAAUAAUAAUAAAAAUGUAUCACUUCACAUCCCCAGGUCAGCAUUUCCCCUGUUUGGAUAAUCUGAUGAAUUUGGUUGAGUCUAUCAGCAAAAUAUCGAUGCAUUAGCAGUUUGGUUGUGGCCGUCGGGGUCAACGUAAUUAAAGAGUAUGAGGACGCUUCUGCAGCUGCUUCUUGGCUCCGGGCUUGUUUGAUAAGAUCUAAAGAGGACAUUUAAUGCCACAUCCUGCUCCAUUUACGUGAACUCACUGAAAGUACCUCAGACGAAACGUCUCUCUCGCUCGCACGCGCACACACAUUGUGAACCGAGGCUACUUGUAAAUAAGGGGAAAGUGUCCGUUUAUGGCUCGUUUUAUCGCGACGACUUCUAUGCUCAGGUGUCAACUGGAAAUCAAUGUUUACUUUUAAGGCUACGUAUUGUUCACUCCUGGUGUUUGCAUGAUGUCAACAGUUGAGUGUGUCGUCUACGGGGUGCCCUGUAAAUAUUGUGUCAAAACUGCUUCCUGUAUAGUAUUUGGAAAUUUAGUCGAGAAAAUGCCUGUGCAAGAUGAAUAAAAUUUCAACCGUUUGCA